AUGGCCAAAGACGCAGAAGACGCCAAGAUCCGCGUCGAUGCCGCCAGCGACAGCGGCGAUGAGGCGGCCGACAUUGAAGCCAGCGGCAGCGGCAGCGGCAGUGGCGCCGUCGGCGGCGAAGAGAUCGUCCAAGCGGGUGUCAAGAACAUCGAGGCCACGACCAUGGCCUGGAACAAAAAAACUCUCAUCAUCGCCUAUGUCUUCAUCUGGCUGACGUAUUGCGUCGAGGGCAUGCUAGGCAACACGACGGCAGCGCUGACGCCCUAUGUCACGUCGGCCUUUGCGCUGCAUUCGCUUACACCGACCGUCGCGAUUCUGAGCAGCGUCAUCGGCGGCGUCACAAAUCUGACGCUGGCCAAGAUUCUCGACGUGUUUGGCCGUCCGCAGGGAUACCUGUUCUGCAUCGUGCUGGCCACGAUCGGAUUGAUAAUGAUGGCCGCGUGCAACAACGUGGAGGCGUACGCCGCCGCGCAAGUCUUUCAGACGGUCGGCAACCAAGGCAUCCAGUACAGCUUGUCGGUGUUUGUCGCGGAUACGUCGACGCUGCAGAACCGAGGUCUCAUGCAAGCCCUCGUCAGCACGCCCAGCCUGUUCACCGGUUUCUUGGCGGGCCCCAUUGCGUCGGGAUUCCUCAAGGGACCAGGUUGGCGAUGGGCGUUUGGCAUGUUUACCAUCAUGGUUCCUUGCAUCACGCUGCCGUUGUAUGGGAUCUUGGUCAGCAACUUUCUCAAGGCCAAGAAGCUGGGCCUCGUCACGAAAUCCGAAAACGACCGGACGCCGCUGCAGUCCUUUCUGCACUACUGUCGCGAAUUUGAUGCCGUUGGUCUCAUUCUUCUCUCGGCCGGCGUCGCUCUCUUUCUCCUGCCGUUUAAUCUCUACACGCUGCAGGCACGGGGUUGGACCUCGCCUCUGGUCCUCAGCAUGCUAAUCAUUGGUUUCUGUCUCAUUGUCGGCUUCGUCAUCUGGGAGAAAUUCUUCGCGCACAUUACCUUUAUCCCGUACUCGCUGCUUCUGGACCGGACCGUUUUCGGCGCAUGCAUCCUAUCGGCGACACUCUUCAUCAGCUACUCGAUAUGGAGCGCCUAUUUUCAAUCAUACUUGCAGGUGGUCAAAAAUCUCAGCGUCGACAACUCGACCUAUGUCAUGCAAACCUACUCGGUCACGACCGUCAUUUUUAGCGUUGCCGCAGGCGUAUUGAUCCACAAGACGGGCAAGUUCAAGCCUGCGACCCUUUUCGUCGGUGUGCCGCUCAGCGCGUUCGGCAUCGGACUGCUGAUGCACUUUCGCAGUGCAGACAGCUCCAUCGGCUACCUCGUCAUGUGUCUCUUCUUCAUCGGUAUCGCUGCAGGCACCAUCAUUGUGUGCGACGAGAUUGCCAUGCUGGCUGCUGGUGCUCAUCAGUAUGUCGCCGUCUGCAUUGCCGUGCUGGGCAUGUUUAGCAACGUGGGCGGCGCUGUUGGCUUCACGGUGGCGUCUGCCAUUUGGCAAAACACUUUUCCCAACAAGCUUCUUCAGUAUCUGCCCGAAGAAGAGCUGCCCAAUUUUCCCCUGAUUUAUGGCGACCUCGCAGUGCAGAUAUCGUACCCGGUUGGCACGCCUACCCGAGACGCUAUUCAGCAUGCGUACAGCGAUGCGUUCUUGCGAUUGCUGGCUACUGCCACGGCCGUUUGGGCGCUUGGAUUUGUCGGGGUGCUUAUGUGGCGCAACAUCAAUGUCAUUGGCAUCAAGCAGGCCAAGGGGCACGUCUGGUAA